CUCACUGAAGAGAACAGGAAAGCUUAGUCCCGCUCCUCCAAAGCAUCUCAGAACGUAUGUCUGAGUGACAAGAGAUAUUAUUGCUCUGUGCCGCUCCGUUACUUAACUGUGCAUACUACUUAUUAUUAGACAUUAACACUGGCUAUAUCUAGCCUCUCUCUUUUAUUAAUAUUGUCAGCCUAUAAGACGUUGCCAACCGUUUACCUCCGAGCAAAGAGGAAGUGCUUGAUGAAAACGAAAGUAGAUUCACCAUAGUUUGCUAUUGAUGAGACAGUAACGUUGUUGCUUGUAUUCAAAAAAGAAAACGUUCACCUUUGAAAACACUUCAUAACUGCAGUAUGGCCAUGGAAAUCCUCAAGUCAUCAAGGGAAGACCUUUGCAAGUGGCUGUCCGUUGAUCCAGAUUCAAUUAUUCACAAAGCGGAGGCUAUGAUAACUGUAAAGACAGACAAAGAAAUACAAAAACAAAGUGCAAACGAAAAGAAAAUCGACUGCCUUCUUGAAUUCAUAGUUGAAAAAGAAGAAAGAUGUCAGGAAUUCCUCAAUAUUCUGAGAAAAGUCCAGGACCUCUAUCCGCAGCUUAAAACGUUGUUUGGUGAAAGUGGGAAAGGAAAUGUUCAUCACUGUGUACAAGCGGAUGGAGGAAGCAUUGCCAUUGCCCCUUUUAUUCAAUCUUCUGCAGUGUCAGGCUUUAACAUGCCAGUGAAUAUAAAGAGUUCACAUGUCUGCUCCAGCAACAAGCCAAUGCCAUCCUCAGCUUCUGCUGAUAAAGGUAAAUCCAAAGGACAAAGUGGAACACAAUUUGAAGUACGUGCUACAGAUGGAAGUAAUGUAGUUGCCCCAGUUAUAAUGUCUGGGAAAGUGGAUGGAAUUUACAUGCCUAUUAAUAUAGACCAAUCCACUACCAGCUCCAGAAGGGGUGGCACAAGUAGAACAUCAGGACAAGAAAAGGUUAUAUCGAUAGAAGAAGCUGAUGCCUUAGUGCCAGACAAGAUGGCAUUCCUGAAGAGCAGCCUACCCAAUUUAGUUCAGAGAGUCAAAAAUAUAGGUCCACUCACUGACCAAAUUUUGGGGAACGGUUUCUCUAAUGAAAUGGUUUCCAAUAUAAGAUCUGUGAAACCUGAGGCAAAACAAAUGAGAACAAUCCUGGAGUACACAACUACAAAAUCUGUAGCCAGCAAGGUGUUUUAUGCUCUUUUGGAGGUUGAACCAUAUGUUAUGAAAGAAUUAGUGGAGGAUUACUCCAAAAAAUAGGUAUACUAUUUGAAAACCUUUCCAUAACGUGCAUUCUUGUAGAAAUAAUACUAUAGGUAAUGCCUGUAUCAAAGACCAGCUGUUUCAGGACAUCUGUUUUAAAAGACCAGUUUCCAGAUUUUUACAUAUGGAUCUCAUUAGAUUCUGUAUGAUGUAUUGAAGAAUUGUGCGAUUUAAAUUUGUUUAUCAUGGCAAACCAAGAACAUGCUUCGUGAGCUGAACUAUUUGAAUAAUUUGUAAUAAUAUAUAUGGAUUUUUAGAUCACUGUAAUGUCUUAAAUAAUGCUACAUGCUUUUUAAACAAAAGAAGGUGGCUACUGUUUCAGUAAAAAAAUUGUAACUGUACAAACGGCUUUUGGUGUAACUAAUUUCAGUAAUCACUGUUUUUUUUUUCUUUUGGAAAUUCAUAUACGGCAAAGAGUUUUGAAGUUUACAUGACUGUCAACAACAAAAUUAUAUUUUAAAAUUGCAACAAGGAAUUUCAAUGUAUUUAUUUAAUCAGGAUAAGAAACUGUUUGGUUGACCUCAGUACUGUAAACAACAAAGUAUGUGCUUUUACAGAUCACUGCCAGAAUAAAGUUGAACUCCCCAAUUUGAAGACUUUAUACAUUGUCCUCCAACAAGCAUUGGGCCUGUGUCAAUAGCUUGACCCCUG